AUGCCUGGAACAAAGGGUGCUGCAAAAGUGAUAGAUCCGAAAGAUAUAUCUCCCGCGUGGAAAAUUUUGAAAAUGAAGUUGAAUGAAGAGAAACAGAAUGAGGCUAGAGAGAAUCCAUUAAUUGAUGAAGAUGGUUUCACAAAAGUUCUUUCAAAGACUCAGAAAAAACGUUUAAAUCGAAAAAGAAAGGCACAGGAAGCGCUUCAAAGUGCUGCGAAAGAAGCAGAAGCAUCGAAAAAGGCAUCUCAUCAUGAUAUACCAGUAUUAAUAAAGGACAAUGAAAGAGGUGAACCUACGCAUAUUGUUGCAAUCGAUUGCGAAUAUGUUGGAGGUGGAUCAGAUGGAAAAUCGGAUAUUCUGGCUAGGAUUUCCAUUGUCAAUGACAAAGGGCAUAUAGUUUAUGAUAAAUAUGUGAAACCAACUGAAAAGGUGACCGACUACCGAACAGCAAUCAGUGGAAUUCGGCCAGAUGAUUUGAAAAAAGGAAUUCCUUUUGACAAGGCUCAAACCGAGGUUUCAAAGCUUCUCGAAGGAAGAAUUGUGGUUGGACACGCAGUUCAUAACGAUUUUCGAGUUCUUAAACUGACGCAUGGCCGAAAAUUGACGAGAGAUACAGCGAAAUGCAGCAUAUUCAAGAAUCGAAUGGAGCAACAUCGAGGGACUCCGUCGCUGAAGAGAUUGGCGAAAGAAGUCCUAGGAAUCGAAAUUCAGAGAGGAGAACAUGACUCGAUCACCGACGCCCGUGUUGCCCUCCGGUUAUACGAAAGUGUCAAAAAGCAAUGGGAAGCCGAACUCAAGCGAUUCCGUAAAUGA